AUGGAUAUACGUCUUGGGCAGCUGCGUCCGCUAAUCGAGCAACUCUUUGAGCUCAGCGGCUCACCGGGCAUGUCCCUCGGUGUGCUACAUCACGACACCCCGAUUUACACUGCUCAUUUUGGCCGGCGACGAGCAUCCCAAGCGCCCCCUCCGGAUGAUGACACGCUCUACAAUGUCGCUUCCAUGACCAAACGUAUGACCGCAGGCGUCGUCUCGAAUCUCGUCGAGCAAGGUCUACUAGGCUGGGACGUGCCCAUACGGCACUACUUGCCCGAAUUCAGCGAGAGAAAAGACGACGUCGGACACCAUGCAACAGUGACAGAUCUGCUGGCCAACAGAACCGGGCUAUCUGCGCAAAACACGUUUUGGGGUACCAUGUUUGAAGACAUUCUUACUAAGCGGGACGAUGUUCCCAAACUGGCCUGCCAUAUCCCAGCGUUCGGCGAAUUUGGCAAGACGUUUGUAUACUCGGCUUGGGGAUAUGCGCUUGUCACGUCUGUCAUUGAGCGAGUGACGGGCGAACCAUUUAGCACCUGCGUGGCGAAAUACAUCUUUGAGCCGCUGGGCAUGAACCGCAGCACACUCAAUCUUCCAGCCGUCGACAAUGCAGUUUACAAACACUGGGUGGGCCUUGAUGGCGUCGCGCACGAGUUUCCCUGGUCCGAAUAUCGCGGUUGGUCCGAUGACACUGGAUUCGGUGGCGCGGUCGGUGGACGCAGCUCAACCAGCUACACUGGGUCCAUACUACUGGACCCGCAGUCCCAAUCUGCCGUUUUUGUUCUGGCAAACUCACUGCCCCUGUUCGACAUUUCAGGCAUUGUCGGACAAGUCCUUCUUGGCACUCUUCUGGGAGAGAUUGAUCAGACACACUAUCUUGAUCUGGCCAAGUCGGUAAAGAGAGCCAAUAUGCUCGUAUACGAUGCAUACGCCUCUGGACUUGCGUCGAAGAAGACCGAUAUCAACCCAUCAUUCCCACUCAAGAACUACCAAGGAGACUACAGCAACGCUACGAAUAGCAUGUGCUAUUCAGUCCACGUCCACGAUAACCGUCACCUACGAAUCUCCGCCAAGGGUCCGCACCUCACAAACUACAUACUAGAGCACAGCGGGGGAAACACGUUCUUUCUAGCGCCAAACCGCCAACUGGAGCUAUCACAGAGCAUGUGGCCAUUCACAUCGCCCAAGACACGCAUCUUCACAUUCAAUGUUAGCGAUGGUGACGUCUUGAGUUUUACGUGGCAUCAUGACCCGACGCCGGGGAGCAAGCCGGAGACGUUUUCACGGUGGACCGGAGAGUUGCAGGCGAAGCUAUAG